AAAAGAAAGGGAAGACCCGAGUUUGGAGGAUGAGUUGGGAGCGUCACCAUGGAGAAACGGAAAUAUGGACCGUGCGGGCUUAAGGGCGCCCAUCCAUAACGAGGAACGAAAAGUGGGAGAAAAGCCUGCUGUGUUUUCCAAGCCCGAGAAAUACAGUCCUGGGAAAGAAGACAUGAAGAGUAUUGCAGAGAAUAAAGCAACAAAACCACUGAAAGACCGUCAUGAGGCAGAGAGAAUCACAUGUGCUAGUCUAAAUGACAGUCAGACAAACUCCGGCACUGCCUGGGUUAAGAAGGAAGUCUUCACCUUUAGUAAAUCUCAUGAAAAACUCCAUUCCCUCACAGAUGAAGAGAUUGCAGGAAUGUAUUCGAAGGUGGCAAAAAAAUACCCAAGGAAGGAAGUCCUAUUGCCACUAAGAGGAAGGAUCCCCAAAGAAACCAAAAUGUAUAGCCGUUCCUGGUCAGCAGAUAAUCUGAACGAGGAGGAAUCAGAGUACGAGGCUAUCAAGAGCCCACACUGGCACACAGGCAGUCGGACUCCGGUAAAUGAACCUGAUUAUGCCUUCGUUAAUGAAAAGGCCUGGGGGAGGAAAUGGCAGAGCGACGAAGAGACGGAACCAGGCUAUGAAGCGAUCAAUAUCAAAUCGAAGAAAACGGAUUUCCCGCCAAAGCGGGCCAAAGCACAAAAGUUUCCUCCUGUCAGGCCGACGGAAAACUAUUACGAAAGUAUCAGUGAACUGCAGCAGAGUCGAACACAUACCAGAGUGCUCACCUGUGAAGACGGCAAACAAUUGUUUGUAACCGGACUCUGAUGAUAUAAA